UAAAAAUAUUUUUCACUAUUUGUCUAGGUAGUUUCGUAAUGUGAUGCUGUUUUGCCAUAAGUAGCUGAAAUUAACUCCGCGCAGGUGACUAUGCGCCAACCGUAUAGUUUAAUUAUCAUAUUAAGCACCCCCUUUUUCUUAUAUUUAAUUCAAUUAAGUAGUAGUCAGUCACCCAAAACAUCUACAAUAUCUUAUUAUGAGUCAGCAUCAAAAUUAAGUUCAAAAAAUACUGUAAUACCCAAAAGUUUUGUAAGUGACAAUGCAUCCACAUCGAACGUUUCUCAGGUGGAAACAGGUAAUAAUACAGAUACCACCAAUGAAACAUCUGGGUCAACAACUUCAACGGUUUCAUCGCUUGAUGCAGUUUUGCCACACAAAGGAUCAGCUGAGGAAGAACAUCAUUCUAGUAUGGCCAUAUUCUUUGUACUUAUAGUAAUGGCUUUAUGUAUAUUACUCAUUCACUUACUGAUUCAAACAAAUUUCCAGUACCUGCCAGAAAGUGUAUCUGUUGUUUUUCUUGGUGCCUUGAUUGGCCUAAUUCUGAAACUGUUUUCAAAUAACAACCUGGGCAACUGGCAGAAAGAAGAAGCUUUUAAUCCCACUACAUUUUUCCUUGUGUUAUUGCCACCUAUUAUGUAUGAAUCAGGAUAUAACUUACAUAAAGGAAAUUUCUUCCAAAAUAUUGGUUCUAUCCUUGUGUUUGCCAUUUUUGGAACUGCUAUAUCUGCGUUUGUUAUCGGAGGAGGAGUGUAUUUGCUGGGAAUGGCUGAUGUGGCAUAUAAAUUGGAUUUUACUGAAAGUUUUGCCUUUGGUUCUCUUGUUUCUGCUGUAGAUCCUGUAGCUACAAUUGCAAUUUUUCAUGCAUUAGAUGUAGAACCUGUGUUAAAUAUGUUGGUUUUGGGUGAAAGUAUCUUAAAUGAUGCCGUUUCUAUUGUGCUGGCCACAACAAUACUUCAAGCUGCUUCUCCUGCCAUGGCAAGCAUGUCUGCUGGUGAGGCUGUUUUACAUGGAAUUGGACGAUUUUUCUUAAUGUUUUUUGCAUCAGCAGCUAUUGGUGUUGUGUUUGCAUUGACAGCUGCUCUCUUAUUUAAAUAUAUUGAUUUGAGAAAGAAUCCAUCCCUUGAAUUUGCUAUGAUACUUGUAUUCACAUAUGCUCCAUAUGGUUUGGCAGAAGGCUUACAUUUAUCAGGAAUUAUGUCUAUAUUGUUUAAUGGGGUAGUAAUGUCUCAUUAUACACAUUUUAACCUUUCUCCAGUGACUCAAAUAACCAUGCAACAAACGCUUAGGACAUUGGCUUUCUUUGCAGAAACCUGUGUUUUUGCAUAUCUUGGCUUGGCAAUAUUUAGUUUUCGUCUAAUUAUCAAACCUUCCCUAGUAGUUUGGAGUAUAGUACUUUGUCUUGUGGGAAGAGCACUGAACAUAUAUCCUUUAAGCUACAUAGUUAAUCACUUCCGUGAACAUAAAAUAACUAAAAAGAUGAUGUUUAUAAUGUGGUUUAGUGGUUUAAGAGGUGCCAUUUCAUAUGCCUUAGCUUUACAUUUAGAAUUUGAGGAUGAGAAAAGACAUGUUAUUGUUACCACAACCUUGAUCAUUGUUUUAUUCACAACACUGAUACUAGGAGGAUCAACAAUGCCUUUAAUGAAAUUUCUUAAAGCAGGAAAAAAGCCAAGGAGAAAAAGAAAAGGACAAGACACUGAAAUAUCUCUAAGUAAAACAAAAGAAAUGGGUAAGACUAUUGAUGCUGAACACCUCUCAGAAUUAACAGAAGAGGAAUAUGAAGUGAACUUCAUGAAAAGUAAUCUUAAGGGUUUUGUUAAAUUAGAUGUCAAAUAUCUCAUCCCCUUUUUUACUAGAAGGUUCACUCAUCAAGAAGUGAAAGACUGUAAAAGCCAAAUGACGGAUUUAACGAACCAGUGGUACCAAGCGAUACGGGGACCUUCUGAAACAGAUGAGGGUUCCGAUGAAGAAGUUGAAAUGUGAUGCGACUGUUUUGUAGAAAUUGUAUUGUACAUAUUUAUGUGAUGAUUAUCAGUUAUUUAAGAAAUCAAGUGGUUCUAUUUUGUGUAUAAUCGGAAACAAUCUCGCAUAUAACAUCAUAAAUUAAAAAUUAAAAAUCUUUUUGAUUACUAGGAAUGAACUUCAAGCAUAUAUUUGUUUUAACUUCUAUUUAGAAUUCAGAUGUAUUUUUUUUUUUUUUUUAAAUUCAAAUAAGUAUAACUUCUGCUAAAAGUGUAAUAAAAUCGUAUCUGAUAUUGUUAUUGCAUUGAAAUAGGAGGCUAUUAAUUGUCAUCUGAAAUUUUUAAGGUUAUCUAUUUGAGAUGGUUUUAUAAUAGUGUGUUGUCAUAAAGGUGCCAGCAUUUCUGUGCAGGUUGGCCACUAUUAAGAGAACUUUCAUAAGGAUGCCAGACACAAAGUAGCCAAACUUUUGUAAAUUAGUUCAAAUUUCAAAAAGGCAGCCUUUGUAAAUGUGCAGACAAUUUUAUGAAGAGGCAUCAAGCUUUGCAAGUAGUUUUAAUGUGCUUACACAUUGUGGUGGCUCUUUUUUUUGGGAGGGGGGCAGCAAGUUAGAAAUUGGUCUUCAUAAAAAUGCAAAGCCUGCCAUAUUAAGUUUUUUUGCCUUUCUGACUUGCAUAAAGAUACUGGUACUAUCUGUUUGUUAUGAAAUUGAAUUCGUUUAAUCCUUUGAGAGGCGGUAUGUAAAAUAAUUUAAAUUGUGGUAAAAUUUUGCAUGAAUUGUAACUAAUGGACCCUAAGAACACAAAAUUGAGACUUGAAAAAAAAAUCUAGAGCAAAAUCCUGAAUUUUGAGAGCCGGUAUAUAUUUUAUAUCGGUGCUCCUCUAAGACAUUUUGAUUCCAGGUAGCUGCCAAUUGUUAAUUUUUGUUUUUAAAAUUUUGUGUACUUCUGAUAUGCGUCUAUAGAGAUGGGUGCUUCAAUAUAGUUUUGUAAAUCUGAAGACAAAAACAUUCAAAAUUUCAUUAGACAUUUAAAAUUUUAAAAAUAAAAUCUAUGUUUUUAUGCACUUUGAUGAUGCAACCCAGCUGAACAUACUUAUGUAAAAUAUGGGUAAAAAGCUUUUGAAAUUGAUUUAAUUCAGUAUUAUUAUUUUAUGGAAAAAAUUAGCAAAUAUAACACUGCAUGUGUAAACCAUCUCAUAUUGUAAUUGAACUAGUAUACUCUUACAAGAAGAUGCAAUUCAGCUAGGGGGCGAAUUGAAAAAUGAAACACUACAACUCAGCUGAAAAAAUAUGUUGCAGUUUUGAAGUUAUUACAUUUUAUGCUUUAGAUAAUAUAUAAAAAAGAGCAUGCUUCGUGCUAUGAUACCAAGAAUCGUCCCCCCACCCCCAACACACUUUCAAUUAUUGAGGUUUGUAAGAGCCCCUUUGUAAUUUUUUGUAAAUAUAGGUUGUAAUAUAUCAUUUUGUUCAGGAAGAAAUGACAUUAAAUGAUUUCAUUAUUUCAUACACCUCAAAGCUCUUAUUUCGAUUUUCAACCCCUUUGACCUCCUAGGGGCCCCUUUUCAACUUGUGGAUAAAUAGUGGCUUGUAUUUAAAACUGGCCUUAGAAAUAUUUUCCUUCCUUUCACCAAGUGUGUAAAUUUAUUUCAAAAUCCACCUAUUUGUAUCCUAAUCAAGGGUAAAAAUUUCUCUUGUGUUCUCUAGUAUCUCAUCUGAAAUUAACAAAGAUGAUACCCUAAAGAAUAAAAGCAUGCUUUCAAAUCAGCAGCUUUUACAUUCCACUAAGACAUGGACCUAAAGUGCAUUUCUGUUUUCCUUAUUUUUAAGUGAGCUUUCCCUUUGUGUGAAGUUAUCACACCACUUUGUGAAGAUGGCAUGAUCCCCGAAUGACAAGUUAGCUGUCAAUCACCUCUUUUCAUUUUCACUGCGUUCUAGGAUUUUGGAAAACAUGAAGCAAAAGGUGUCUUUCCGGGCUGUCAUGUCUAAUUUAAACCCCUAAAAUUGUGUAAUGUUCAGAUGACUAUUUUGAACUCUUGUUUCUCCUGUGAAAGGGUGACGUGCUGAAAUUAAAAUUUUAGCUAAACAGAGACGAAUGAGAAACUUAGUAAACAAAGAAUAAAAAGAAACUAAUAUUCUUGUAUUCAGUCCUAGCCACAGGGUUAGUAAACUCCCGAUCCCCUCCGUGAAGAUAUGAAUUGAAUCCUAAACAGCUUGUAAAUUAAUUAUAAAAAAUUAUUAUGUCAUAAACUAUUAUAAUUUAUAGAAAUUCUGUCAUCUCACAGAGCAAUUAUUGAGGUUGAAGUAGAAGCCUGGUGCUGUCAUCUAUUGACAUAUGUUGCUCUCAGUAUGGGUGGCGGUAUAUAUUUUAUACCGGUCUCAGAAUCGUAUAAAUAAUCUUCUUUUAAUGAUCACUUCUGAAUGAAAAGCAGUGAAUAUAUAAGAUUCAGCAUGUGUAUGUCCUAUAUUUGCAGAUGUUGAGUUUUUUCAUCCCCUUCAAUAGAAUUUAUGAAUCUUCAAACAUACCUUGGAAUGUGGUAUAUUAAUUUCAUAACUGCGAAAUCUUGAGCUUUCUUAGGAUAUUGCUGCUAUUUAGAAUCAAAAGGAAGUACUAAAAACUUUCGGUUACAGAUUUUGGUGUAGAAAAAUGAGAAUUUUUUUAGGAGGUUAAAAAAUUGACAAACAUCCAGUGUAAUUUACAUACCGGUGUCUUUUAAAGAGUUAAAAUAAAUACAUUAGAAGAAAUGGUAAAGUGAUGCACAGUUUUAAAAAGUUUUUGUUCUAACUGCUUAUUAUGGAAAAUAUACAAAUUAAUAACAUAGUUCUCGUGUUCUAAGGUACGUUAUUUCUCAUGUAAAUGUCGCUGAAAAUAGGCCUUAGAAUAUUUUCUUUCUUUCUUUCUUUUUUUUUUUUUUUUUUUUUUUAAUGGAGCUGCAGACUGCAGUUUUUCUUUGAAGUGAUUAUUUUUAAUUUAUUUUUCAAAUUAAUAAUAAACACUGCUUUUACAAGUAAAUCAAAUUUAAUUUUAAAAUUAGGUGAAAAAGCAAGAUUUUCAGAGAUUUUGAAUAAUAUUCUGUUGAUUUUGACUUACCGUCUUGAAGAAGCAGAGAAUCUACCACAAUUUCUUGAUAUCUGGACCUCCUCCAAAAAAUCCAAAUUAAAAUAAGCAAGAUGGAGGAAGACAGUUGCUUCCUUUGUCCUUAAAAGAAGAAUGGAAAAGUAUUUUCUGAACUCAAAUGAAAAAUUUGUAAGAUUAUAUGCAUACAUAGUUAGUAUACACAAAUAAUUUUUAUAACUUGAAAAUAAAAAUAUUUAGCAUUUCAACAGUGCUGAUUUUAAUAUCCAAAUGUUUUUAAUUACAAAUAAUUUGCAUAAUGAACACAAAUCUAGAAGGGAUGGCAUUCCACUAUGUUCAGCACUGUAAUUUGCGAUGCAUUGCUGCAUUAUUUUGCUACUGAAUCAGAAUUACUAUCUAAGGUAAAUGAAUGUACAUUGAAAAUAAUAUCAAUUUAAAACGGAAAUGUAGCCAGCGGAGAAAAGCAUACAUGAUACAGAAUUGUUUUGAAGGAGUAAUGACCAUUUUGAUAAAAAUACAUCAAAGUAUUUUAUGAAAAAAUAAUGAUAUACAUGAGAACAAAAUUAUUUUCACAGCAAUUUUUAUGCCUUUAAAUGAGAGUUAGAUUAAUGAAAAAUGCUCAGUUUACAAAACCUCCAGCAGCGCAGUUUUCUCUAAUUUGUACUUUUUUUUUGGCUGAUUCUGCUUUUAUGUUCUGCUUUUGUAUGAAAAUUUAAUGCUGCUAACUCAUACUGAAUUUUUUUAAACAUUAAAAUUUGGUUUGUUUACAUCUAAAAAUGAGCACAAUUUACAGACAUUUGUAGAUUAUCAGAAUUUCAUUUGACUUGAAGAUUCUUCGAGUGUAUAAAAUUGAAUCACCUCAUAUUUUCUUUUAAAAUUUAUUUCUUAUUACUAAGAAACAUUUUCCACUCAUGUUCCUUGUUAAAUGAUGGUAGCUAAAAAUGUGUUCAUAUUUUUAAAAGUUAAAAUUUUAUUUUUAAAUACUUCAUUUAAUUUUACCAUUUAAGAUUCUCUUUUAUGUUAUUUAUAGAAAAAAAUUUUAUUUUAUCUUUUUUAAUUAGAUAUUUAGUUUUUAAGCUGCUUUUAUACAAAACACUUUAUAUAUUGAAAAAAUAAAUUAAGUAUAUGAUAUUGGAAUAUUUGCCUUUUUGACUAGAGUAAUGUGUUUCAUGUUUGGAUCAUUUACACUGAGGCUGUUAAUUGGAUUGUUUUAAUUAAAUCUAGGCAUAUCUACCAAAAAGAACAAGAGCUUUUUGGAGGAUUUUCUAAAGAAAACUGAUUCAUAUUUACAUUAUGCACACCACAAAAAUUCUUAGUCAAAGUAUUAAGCCUCCAAGAUGAAUUUUUUCGUGGGGAUUAAGCCAUUUAGCCAUUGUUAUGCUUGAAUAUAUUUAUGAAACUCAGGGCUAACUACUACUGAAUACUAAUUGCUAAGUCUUAAGGGGAGUUAGAACCCCAAAAUCUUCAAAAAAUUGUGAUUUUGGAUUUUUGCAUUUUCAAAUUCUCUACACUUUUAUCUUUCGAAAAAUACCAUUCUUUAAUCUCUAUGCAAAUUAGAACUGUAAAAAAAUCUAA